CACUGUCGAUAACUUUAUUGUUUCGAUGCCAUGGCCGGCCACAGCUAUAUAUCGAACAUUUUUACUUGUCAUCAUCAGCGGCUAGCAUUUUAAGAGUCAUGUUUCGCAACCAAUACGAUAGCGACGUUACAGUAUGGAGUCCCCAGGGACGUCUGCACCAGGUGGAGUACGCUAUGGAAGCCGUCAAGUUGGGAACAACUACGGUGGGUCUGAAAAAUAAGAACAUCGCGGUAUUAGUGGCGCUUAGCAAGCCGACUUCGGAGCUUUCGGUUUCACAGCGCAAGGUGAUACCCAUUGAUGAUCACUUGGGAAUUUCUAUUGCUGGCAUCACAGCCGACGCCAGAGUUCUCAGCCGGUAUUUGCGUUCGGAGUGCCUUAACUACAAGCACGCCUACGAGUCCACUUACCCGGUAUCCCGUUUGAUCACAAAUUUGGGAAACAAAAUGCAGACAACCACCCAGCGCUACGAUCGCCGUCCGUAUGGAGUUGGAUUGCUUGUUGCUGGCUAUGAUGAAAAGGGGCCGCACAUUUAUCAGGUGAUGCCAUCGGCGACCUUUUACGAUUGCAAAGCCUAUUCGAUUGGAUCACGAUCCCAAAGUGCACGCACAUACUUGGUUUCCAACCUUGCUUCGUUCUCGGACUGCCCCAACAAUGAUAUCAUAUGCCAUGGCAUUAUUGCUAUCAAACGUUCCCUGCCCACGGAUGAGAACCAGAGCAAAGAGAAUGCAUCUCAAUAUGACAUAACCGUAGCCAUCGUUGGCAAAGGUCAACCAUUUAAGAUUCUGUCUCCUGAGGAGUUGAAAGUAUAUGAAGAGAUGGCUAAUAAGAAGGGUGGACUUGCCCCUCCACCAGCCGAUGACGAUGACCAACCACGUCCAUCAGGAUCCGGCGAACAGCCAGAUGAAGGCCCACGAGAUCCCCAAGUCGCCGUUGCAACAGAGGAACGCCGCUAAAUUACUUUACGAUUACAAAAUCACCUUAACCAUUAAAAAUGUAAGAUGGGUGGAUACAAUAAAAUUGUUCAUGCAUUUGCAUAGAUAUAAACUGGAAA